AUGUUUCGCUUGUGGUUUUUCUCGCCCGGCUUCGCCGCCUGUGAAAACAGAACAGAGCGUUUGGAUACAGGAAAAAAAGAAAGAUUCGAAUUCCUUCUCCGUGCAGACGUCCUCCCAACACCCUGCAAAAGCUACCGUGUAGCUGAUCGUUCUCUUUUUUUUUCGGUCUGGUCGUUUUCUGUUUGGUUUCAGAUUCUUUUUUCCUUUUGCGAAACGUUCUAUGAUUGACCAGUUGCUCGUUCAGGGGCACGUCUUGGCGCUUCCGGUUCCUCGAAAGAUUCCCGAAAUUCGGAUCGACGGUCCAGGUCGGUGGAGUAGAAGAAUUUGAAACUCAUAACUGGGUUUGGAAUUUUCGAAGGCGCGGAAGUAUUGUAUAACAAUUGCUCUUUGAGAAUUUACUGUACCUUUCCAAGUUCCCUCAAGAAACCAGCGUUUUCAAUUUAUAGGAAAUUCCAUAGCUCUUCCUUCCUUUUACUGUUUUUCUAGGAGUGUCCAAGGUUUUUUUAUUAGAAGAAAAAUGCAUUCAUCUUUAAUAUUUUUAGACAUGACAACGUUUUAAGCUAUUCAAUAGACUUUUUUUUUGGUUCCUAAAUUUUUGUCGAAAAAUCUCAAGAAAAGAAUCGAUAUACGGUUCAUCAAAGUUUAGGAAAAAAAUUCUUGAACUGGAAACUUUUUCAAUAAUUAAAAAAUGAGUGGUCUGAACUGAUUAGUUACCCAAAACAUUAAUAGACCGAACUUUUUGAGUCCCCAAUGAUCCAGACUUCGUACGAAUUUCGGAAAAACCUUUUUAAAAAUUGCAAGUUUUUUUCUUUUUCGAUUCUCAUUAAUUUGCUCGUUUUUUUACAGGUCAAUUUUUUUCAAUUUUUUUGAAUUUUUUUCCAUCAAUUGGUGAAAAAAAGUUUUUUUGACUGUUUUUUUGAAAAAGAUUAAAAUCGCCAAAAUUAUUUUUAAAUCAAGCUCUGUUUUGCUCAUUCAACAGCUUUUGCAGUAACUGCACUUUUUAAUUUUUCUAUUUUUCCAUCAAUCAAAUGAGGCUUCAUCUUGUACUUCUUCUUAUAGCAUUUUGUUGACUUUGAACUUCGAUCGGUGGUGCAGAAAACGUUUUUCCAGCAAAUUAAAAUGACUAUUUCACAUAAGUUAAUUAAUCACAUGUUGAAAAGUUAAAAUGAUGCGUUUUGUUUGAAUUCUUUGGAUCCGAAAACUUUGAACCAAGAAAAAAGAAAAAGAAUGAACAAAUAUUUUGCUGCAAUUAGCAGGAAUUUCAUGUUUCUGUUUGCUUUUCUGGAUGUGUCAUAGAGAAGUCGGAAGCGGAUUCGGAAAACUCGGAAGCAAUUUUUUUUCAUUCUGAUGGUUUUAGAGUCCGGGCAAAAAUCGGGCGGUUGGUUUUGUCUUCCUAGGCGCGUUUUCGGAAGCCAGGAAGCGGUUCGUAAAGUAACAAAACAAAUUGACAGUGUAUUGUUAUGAAAGUUUAAUAAAUUUGCAAGUAGAAUUAAGUCUUCAGAAACCUUUUGAGUUCAAUUUUUUAUUCUUUCAACUAGGAAAAGUUUUUUCUCUUUUUUUUCGAGUUAUCAAGCUUCAAAGUUUGCAAAAAAACGCAAAUUACUACAAAAAGGCGCUAUUUUUUUAUUUUUUUGUGCCGAUGACUAAUGAUUAAUUUCUCUUCAAAAAGAUAUUGUUAGAGUUCAAAAAAAUUUAUACGGUUUAAAUAAAAUAUUUAUUGUUCAAGACCGGACUCAUAAUUUUGAUAAUAACUACUCUAGUAGGUUCGAUAAGAUUUAAUCGAACAAAAGCUUGGGGAUUUCUUCUCAUCCCUUUUAUUUUUCUAUUAACUUGAAGUUACAGAAAAUCGAACAUCAACUGGACCAAUUAGAUCAAUUUGUGCCUCUUGUCAUUUUAUCCAGUUUUGAACUUUCUGUGGUCCCUUCCGAUUGUGGGUCAUUUUCACAAGGAUUCUUCUGAAAAAUUAAAAUUAAAUAAGAAAAAUUUUUGACUCCUUUUUAACGGAAUAUCUAUUGAUUUUUUUCCUUUAUUAUUGCUGUAGAAUUUUUUGGCUCGCUUUGAAAAGAGAAAAAAAUUAGAAAAAAAUUCAUCGCCAUAAUGGUUUUUCAAACGAAAAUUCAACUUUUUUUCUAGAAAAUUGGUGCUCAUUUAACCGCUUUUGCAGUAAUUGCACUUUCAUUUUUCUUCUUUUUUUCCACUAAUCGAAUUAAUUCAUCUUGUACUUAUUCAUAUUAUUCUGUUCCCUUUGAACUUCGAUCGGUGGUUCAGAAAACGUUUUUCCAGCAAAAUGGAAUGACUAAGUUUCACAUAAGUUAUUUAAUCAGAUGUUGACAAGUUCAAGUGAUGGAUUGACUUUUUUGGGUUUGACGAAUUUGAAAUAAAGUAAAAGAGAACGUAUAUUUAUUUUUGCUGCAGGUAUUAGCAAAAUUUUGAUCUUUUGAAAAUCUCUCAAGAAUGAUAAUAAUAAUAAAUUGUCAAAGUUAUGUUGAGGCCUUAAAUUUGAUCUCCUACCAUGGCUGACAGACUCGUAAGGAUUUUGCUUGACUCAAAAGUUUUUUUCAAGGAAUACAAGUAUCCUGGCGGUCCAAGACGCUUACGGUAAUCCAAAACUUCCUGGUUCAAUCCUCUUCAUGUUUUCACCAUCGAAAUAAUGCCAUUCUUUCAGUCUAGCUCUCCAAUAUUCUCAAGCUCGAAACAAAAAAAAGCUGGUCCAAUAGUUCAAAACUUGCCGUGCGUAGGCGCCAAUUCGCUUAAUCAGGGGCGUAUAAUCCAUUCUUGGCUGGUUUCCUCCCCGCUAUUCUCAUCUUUUUUUUUCCUCGGUGUCGCAAUGUUUUCCCUCAAAUAUCAUAAGCUUAAUAGUCUUUUCUUAUACUUUUCAUUUUCCUUGCCCCCCAUUGACGUCACACGCCCUUCUCUUGCGUGUUAGAUAAAUUGAAAAAAACUUUUGUGAGAAUGUGAAAAGUUUUGAGAAAGGUUGGUGGCUUUUCAAGGCUGUACUUGAGAGUUUUAAAUCAUUUCAAAGCGAGUGAGACUUCAUCUAAUUUUUUUUUUUCUAUUCUUUAAAGAAACACACUUUUUUUCUUGGUGAAAUAUUUGAGCUUAAUCGAUUUUUCCUAUGCUUUUUCUGCCGUGAAUUAUCAUAAACGACAGUUCUUCUCCUAGUAUGAUCAACUAAAGUUUGAUUUAAAACUUCCACAGAAAAAAAUUUUCAGUUCCCGUUAGGAAGAAGCUUGUAUUGCUCAUUUUACCUCAGCAUUCAAAUCUGUUUUUUUUAAUUUAAAAAAAAUUUUUCCAAUUUCAAAUUGAUUUUUAACCUAGAUUGUGAUCACUCAGACAAUAAAAGAUGGUGUCGGAUGGUUCGACGCGUAUCCCCCGACCCAAAACGACUUGCGCCCAAGUUUAUCAAGAGUUUUUUUUUUAAAACAAAAGGCUCAAUAUUAAGCCAUUCCACAUGCGGCCGCAGCGUUUCAAGCCAAAAUGAACGAAAAAAAUAAAUCUAAUUUUUGCAACUGGUUUUUCAAAAUUUCCUGCUUUUUUUCAAAUUUGAAUUAUCCAAUAGAGUUUUUCUACCAGUAGAACAAACAAAAAUUGAAUUUUGAAAGGUUCAGCAGAAAACUUCUCUAAAACUUCAUUAAUUUGUUCAGAACCAGAUAAAAUGUUGCUCAUUUUUACUCAGGAUAUUGAAUUUCAUGUUUUUAUCACUUUCUCCAUGGAAAUGCGGCUUGAAUUAUCAGAAUGCGUAGUGAAACCAUUGAAAACUCUUCGCUAGUUUCAGAAGUGAAUUUGAAGGGCAUGUGAGUCCCAAGAUCAUCAUCAUCAUCAUCAGUUAGUGUCUUGCCGCUGAUCAAUUAAUUAUCACCCAUAAAAGGCUAGAGGGAGGCGGAGUCGAGACGCGUCACUCGAGGCUCAAAAGAAGGGAAAAAAAAGACUCACAGAGUGAGCGAUGAGUGUGAGGCCGCAUAAUCUUAUAAGUCGGCCGAGGGGCCUCUAUCCGUUAUCAGUUAUCAGUUAUAUUUAUAUUAUAGCUCAUUUGCCGCCGCUUCGAACACCUCGAAAACAGCUGCGAGACCUUUUUUGUUAUUUUUAAUUUGUUUGUCACUCAUCCCUUUUAUUUGACAAGGGAGGUCAUUUCAUUUUUUGGUUGGGAUUUUCUGAAAAGUGGCCAGAAAACUCCUUGAUGUUCCAGAAAUUGAUCCUGAAAGUUUCAACUUGCACAUCUUCCUAAUUUUUGAGUAAUAAAGGCUCAAAGCCUCAAAAUGGCCUGUUUUAACGGUUUCCUUUGACUUCAUGUCCUUUCUGAAAAACUAGGACUUUUCUGGUAUAUCAAGAAGACUCCUAGCCGUUCUUCACGAAUUUUCCGACAGCAAAUUAAAAUGACCUUCCUUGUGAGGAUGCUGCAAAUCUCUUUUCCAUUAACAGCAAAAUCUCGAAAUUUCAGAAGAAAUCGGUUUUCCUCACACAAAAAGGUUCCAUCUGUGAUAUUUUGAUACAAAAUGUCGGCAAAAGGCUUUCAAAAAGAUCUUUAUCUUUCGUUUCCUAAAAGCUGUCUGAGAAAAGUUUUCAUUUUUUGCCUGUUCCUUCCAGUUAAAAGGAUUUUCAAAGCUUCGUUUUGUUUUUUUUUGUCAAUACUCUACUUUUAUAAACUUUUGAUUCACAGAGUUGAUACUUAAGAUGAGUCGAAAGUCAGUUUUUCCACGUCAAAAUUGUUAGGUUCCACUUGAUUUUCCGAUAUAUUGAGCAACUUGAAAAAACUCUGGAUUGUAAAGUUUUUGAGGAUUUUCCAUGACUCCUGGUUUUUUUCUACACACUUAAGAUUCAAAAUAUUCAUUUAAACUUGAAUUAAAUAAACAAUGGUAUAUAAAAUCUCAUGUUGAUAUUGAUAUAUGAUUAUGUAGGGUAAUCUCUAAAUUGAUACAACUUUUUUUUCUGAAUACAGCGUUCUGGAUAUUUUCAAAAUUCGAUAACUUCUUCCGGCAUUAAAAAACGGUGGAGACCGGUUUAGUGUAGUGACUUGUAAGCUUCAGUCUCUUUUUGUUUCUUUUCCGAUAUUUUUACGAUAAAUUAAGAUUCUAGUUCACUGAAUCAUGGUGUAAAAUCCGGAAUUUCUCCCAUAUUUUCUAAAAUUUGCCUUUGAAAUUGAAUUCCCCGCCAAAAACCGCGUCGCGACCGCAACGCUUCGCGUGAGAAGACCUGCCAACACUCAGUUCGACUCUCAAUCAAGGAUCUUUUAACCAUUGCGAGAUCGUUUCACAGAAAAUAUCCCAAAAGUUAUUUAUCGAGGAACUAGAAUUUUCUGGCAUAACUUUGGCUUCUGCAGAUUGACGAGAAGCCAAAAAUAAGCUGAACCUUCUAUCUUUUUGCGUGUAUAAAUUGCGUUGCCUCAUUUCCGUAAUCCUUCCAAACGGCUGGCCCUUUGAUCAAAGUGCACGAGCUUAUCUUCCCCUUAUCUCUUCCUUUCAUUUCGUUUCAACAUCGAUGGAAAAAAGCUCUUUUCCAGGUUUCAGAGCCGAUGGCGCCCACGUAGUCGUUUCCUUCUUUUAUAAAUAAGAUUUUGGAAUAUAAUAAAUAGGAAAUAUCAAAAUGCUGCUGUCGCCCGAACAGUUCUCACGACUCAGCGAAUAUGCAGCUUGUUGGUUUUUUCUUCUUUUUUUUGAAUACCCUUACGGUAAGGGCCUUACCGGAGUGUUAGUCCAGCAGGGUCACUGAAAACAGCUCUUCUCCUCGAUAUCUUCAGGAUAAUAGUCUAUGCGCCUUUAAAACCUGAUCAACGGUUUUCAGUUCUAAAAUAAACUCAGGAUUUUUUUCAUUUUUGAAAGAAAUCUAUAUCUAUUUAGAAAUCAAAAAAAUCAACGGAAUGACGCCUCUUGAAGUUUAUUUAUUCAGCUGACUUUCCUGGAUUCCCAUUCCAAACGUUCGAUUGAAUAGAAUUAACAAGAAUGGUGAAAAAAAACCAAUGACAAGCGUCAAAAAUCGAACAGAAAAUUAAAAAAUGUGAUUUACUAUAGCUUCUGACAGUCGCGGUUGUAAUGGAUUCAAUUGGGAAUUUUUGAAGAAAUUUGACAAAUGAAGAAAAUGGAAAAUAAACUAUGAAAUGGUAAAAAAAAAUAGAUUUUCCCAUUUCUUUCAGAAGUUUGCAAUGGAAAAUGAAGUAAAUAAAAACUUUAGAAUGAAAAAUUGAAAAUAGGCGCAUAAUUUCCAUUGAUGACGGCAAUUUGUUGCAGAUUCGAGCCGGAAACUGAAAGAUAUGCUCUGCGAGUUUCAGCCCGAGGGGAAGUUCUAUCAUUUCCUUUCCGAGGACACGCAGGUUUUUUUUGGGUUUUCUGUUUUCAGAAUAAGAUAAUAGUUUCAGUUCUGAAUAGUGUAACAGUGUUCGAAAAUCAUUGAAAAUAAGCAAGGACGAAUAAUAAUAACUUACUGCUCUUCUUUUUUUGGUGUUUUGCAAUAUUUUCCCUUUCUCGGUUAAGAUCUCUAAAUAUUUAGAGUUAAAUAGAUAAGAUCAAUGGAAGGCUCAAACAUUUUGAAAAAAAACGAUUUUUAUCACGGUAUGCAUGCAAGUACGCGUCACGGUGUAUACGGGCUGCGCAUUUUAAGCGACGACAGUUUCGAAAAUAAUUUUUCUUUUUUUUUAUGUCGUGUUCAAAGUAAUUUAGCGAAAUGCGAAAGCCGGGAGUGAGUGAAAAAUACGACGAAGUUUUGUGGAUUUAGAGAAAAUUUAGACUCGCGCAAAAUUACUUUGAGGACGGCAUUAUUGUUUUUUUUUUCAUUUGAACCAUUUCCAUUAAGUUCAAGAAACUUAAACAGAAAUCUGUUUUUGUACUGAUUCCCUUUUUGGUCUCUAGAUUUUUUGACCCCAUGAUUUUAAAAAAUAUUCUACUUUAUUUUUCUUGAUUUUUUCUAUACUUGCAGUUUUUCAUCGAUUUCAAUUUUUUUUAUUUAGACGAUCUGUUUCGAAGGAUUCCAAGCGUUCUUGCAAGAUUACUUCGGAGCAGAGUUACCGUCGGAUCUUAUUGAUCAACUCUUUUUCUCGUUUUCAAAACCACCGAUCAAAGGUACGUUUUCAUGGAACUACAUAUGAUUAAAGUUGAGUUGAAAUUGAUGAACUUUUUAGGAACUUUUCGUUCAUAAAAAAACACUCAAUAACUACAGGUUUUUUGAAGCAACAUGUUUUUUUUAUUUUUGUGGCGAAUUCUUUUUAACAGACUAAUUCCCCUUGACCUAAGUUUGUUUUUCCUAUAAACCAGAUAGCUAACUGAACCUAAAAAUAAGAUUAUGAAUUUUUCAAACCUCAAUCAAAGGGAUUUCGUCUCAUAAGUGGCUUACGAUUAAAAUUAUCUAGAUUAAGGGAAGACCUCCUGAUAUCUAGUUGCGUAACGGACAAAAGGGAAAUAAAUCUGGCUACCGUAGGGCGUCCUUUUCCGUCAUGACAUUUGCGCAACGGAUUUGGCCGGCUUAAAAUCUUUCCUCUUUUCUUUUUUCUUCAAGCUAUUCGAUUUCAACGAAAAAUGAUGAACAUCUGGAAGACUGGAAUAGAAUAUUGAUUUUUCGAGAAAGACGAACGAGCGUGUUCGAGGAUGCGAUCUCGACGGUCAAGGCCAAGUUCACCGAGUCUUUGUCGGGAAGACUCGAGAAGCUGUCGAUGGGACAGCACGACGUCUCGCCCGGACCUCCGCUCGAUCGGAUCCCCGAGGAUGGUGCGCAGAUUUUUGUGGAAAUCACGACUUUUCGAGAAAAAAGUUUUUCACAAUUCAUUCACGGCUCAUGAAAGGCUUAAAUUUUCGAGCCGUUCGACUAGAAAACAUUUUUCAGCUCAGGAAAUCUUAGUUCCCAGAAAAAAAAGCUUUUUCAGAAAUUUUUCUUGGCUUUUUCAGCUUCUUCAAAAAGUAUGAGGCAAGAGCAAGAAAGUGAUUGAAAAUUGAAGUUUUUGCGUUUUUCUUUUUCUCGGAUCUCGAUUACGCAAAUAGGACGCCUUGCUGGUGUUUCUAAGCAUUUCUAGUGAUCCCUUUAGCAACUUCAGCACUCUCAAAUGGCUACUGGAAAAUUCAGGGGUCCAGUUUGUGUUACAGAAGGGCCGAUUUAUUCUUGGUUAGCAAAAGAGCGCACUUUCACAGAUGAGAGUUUCUUUUAGUCUUGGCUAGCUCACAAAAGACAAAAACCUUGCUUGGAGCAAGAAAAAGUCGGUCUUUUUUAAGUGACCACUUAAGAGAGAAAAACUCUGUUUAAGUGGCCAGUUAGGACUUUCCAGGACACUUCAUUUAGAGAAAUGUUUGAGACUUGAAGUUUACUUUUUGAGAUUUUAGGAGCCCUUAUACCUUUGAAACAUGGAGAAAACUGAUUUUUUUUUCAGCCAUGAUGGUUUCGAAACCGGUCUGCAGUAGUCAGGAGCCACGGAUUCCUUUGAAACCGCUGAUUUGUACCCUUUCUCUUUUGGAAGCCGAUACACCGGAGAAUAAACUUGAAGGUUCGUUUCGAAAACUUUUUUCAUACAUAGUUUAUUUUUCUCGGCUUUUUUUGCAUAUACAGUAGUGCCGAAAAAUGGUCGAAAAUUGUCGCAUUUUUUGAUUUUCUUUUUAAAAAAUAAGUAACUUCAUCAAUCAAUCCCCAAAGGAGGUUUUUUGGCAUUCUGUAUUGAAUAGAGGACGAUAAUAUCCACUAAUCCGAUAAUUUUUGAAUUGGCGCCAAAACGUGUCGCAUACGCACUGUAGCACUCCGCCGUUGCAAGUCUAAACUAAAAGAUUAUAGAGAAGAAAGUUUGGAGUUCCAUAAAUUUGAAAACUUUUUCACUCUGUCUUUUUUUUCGCACUUUCAUUUAGAAAACAAAAGACGUGUCCUAAAGAACUGAUUUUUCAAGUUUUUACGAUUAUUUUACUCUGGAAAUGGAAACCAUCAAAAAAUCGAAGGUAAUACAAACUAUAUCAUGAUUUUCAAAAAAUGUUGAUGAUUUAGACACUAAGUGAUUCACUAUUCCAUGACAUGACUGACCAAAUCGGAUUAAAAUCCUGCAAUUUUUGUCGUUGUUCCAUUUUCCAUGAACAUCCGGAAUCACAUGUUUUAUACUAUUUGUUGAGGAAAAGGUGAAUUUUCGGCUAUUUUUAGUUUUCAAAGUGUGUUAGUUUUUUACGAGUCAAAAAUAGAUUAUUUUGAAGCGGGGUAUCAUUCAUAAAUUAUCUCAUUCCAAUUUUUUCAAUGAUCUUCAAGAGCGUUUCCCUUCUUCUACUCCAAAAAAAUGUUUUUUGUUUUUUUCCAAUUUUUUUCGAGUUUUUCUGAUAGUUUUGAAGUAAAAAAAGUCGGUUUUAGUAUGAUGUUGAUUGAUUUUUUUGGAGAAAAUAGUGCUGGUCCGAUUUAAAAAAUGUUGAAAAAAACAAGAAGGUUUUUGGGAAAAAAAUUGACAGAGAAUGCAAAGUUUUUUAGAAGUCUGUCUCAUUUUUUCUUUUGAUUUUUGGCUGUAUAUAUUUUUCCCUUGGAAAAGCUGUGAUUUUUUUCAAGUUUUGGUCAUUUUCCAGUCGUUUUCCACGUCUACGACUCGGACGCCAACGGAUUUCUGGACAAGGCCGAAAUUGACGGAAUCAUCGAGCAAAUGAUGAACGUCGCCAGGUAUCAACAGUGGGACACCAUCGAGCUGGAGCAGGUUUGACCCCUUUUUUUGAGAUUUCAAUAUAGGUUAUUUUUUUGAUUUAAAAAAAUCUUUUUUUCUCGGUUCUUUGUGAAUGCAACUUUUUUUAAUUUCGAUUUUCGCCAUUUUCCAAAUGGUUUAAGGUGAAAGAAGUUAGGAAGGUGGUGAGAAAUUUGAAAAAAAUUGAAUAAGUAAUUUACUUUUGCUGCCUUAUUCUAGCCCUGAUACUAUCAAUACUACAAAUUAUGAAAUCCAAAAAUAAAACAAAAAUACUUUAUCUGACUUUUAAAGAUUUGAGCCAUUCCAAACGCGACCACCGAAGGGAUUCGGCGUUUGUAUCUAUAGAUUUUUAGGAUCCUUAUCAUUCUUAAAAUUGAACCGUGAAGUCGAAAAAUAAGAUCGAAACCGCGUUUCGAAAUAAAUCGGAAAAGCUGAAAAUUGGUUAGCCCAAGAAGGGCCAUUCCCAACGCGACCACCGGAGAAUCCAGCUUCUUUCUGAAUUUCCAAAGGUUUUCAGGUCCUGCGACAGAUGAUGGCCGACAUUGACUACGACAACGACGGGAUCGUCUCGCUGGACGAAUGGCGUCGGGGAGGACUCACCAAUAUUCCGCUCCUCGUUCUGCUCGGCUUCGACACGGUGACUCUUUCCUUCCGCGUUGAUUGAUCGAGUGAAAAGCCCUUUGUCUUGUGUUUAAUCGGUACUUAAGCAGUUAUAGAACUCUGUUUGACCAGAAGAAGGAAUCGACUUACGGAAGCUUUAAAAAAUGACUAUGCGCACCACUUUUCCAGUUUUCCAGAAAACGUUUGAUCAACUCCAAAUAUGGGAGAUUUGAAUUAUUGCGAAUCCCCAGUUCAUUUUCAUAAAAUUUUUCUUUUUCUCCAGGAGAUGAAAGAAGACGGUUCACAUGCCUGGCGGUUGAGACAUUUCAGUAAACCGACCUACUGCAAUGCUUGCUGCAGUUUGCUCGUCGGGUGGGGUGGAAAACAGGGCCUCAGUUGCUCGCGUAAGUUUCUAAAAGUCCAAAAAGAAAAUUCGACAGAAGUUCAAACUAAUUUUUUUCUUCUCUAAUGUUAAUAUGGAACAUCUCUUGAAUUUCCCCUCAUAAAGAUUAUAUGAGUAGUUGAAAUUUAUUUUUUUUUAACGUUUCAUUCAAUUUUUGUGCUUGUGUUCCUUUCAUGAAAGAGUAACAGAAUUUUUUUCAGUAUGAACGGCUUUUUUUUUGAGAGCUCACUUUGAGGGUUUGAAAAAUCUAAAAACUACCAGAAAACGAGUACUUUAUUAAGCUUUUCUUGGCUCCUUCAAAGCCCUUCAAUAGAUCGAAACCCUUUGAAUUGACUUUUUUUUCAUUCAGUAGUAGACCAAAUAAAUUAUAAUUUACUUGGUGGAGCUCCCGUUUUGAAAAACUUGUAUAGCGAGUUUUUUUCACCCUUGUUAAAAUUCACAAACGUGAAAAGUUGAAUAAGGCCCUCGAAAAAUGUUAAGUUUAACUUGAGAUGUUUUUUAAGAACUAUGUUGAUUAUAGAAUACUUAAUGGUUGAGCCUUCGAAUUAACAGCUAUUUCUAAGAAAGCUGAGAAACGUUGGCUAUCUUGUCUUGAUUUGCUUUAUAAAAAUCAGUUUUUGAGAAGAAAAGUUGAUAAUGUGGUGGUAUUCGAGUGAAAUUUAUUUCUGGGAUGUCGGAGGAGCCUCGAAAAGUUCUUUGAAUAUUCUUACGGGAUAUUGAGCCCGUUUCUUUCCCUUUUGUCAAUCUAUUCUCAUGUUGGCCAGUAGCACCCGUGGAUGCUACCGUCGUUCACAUAUUUCACCCCAGCCGGACACCCGAAACGCCAUUCUAGAGCCCGAUCAAUUCCAGCGGAUCUAUAGCUGAUUCACGGCUGGCUUGAGCCAUCGAAAAAGGGGUCCUGACACGAUAAUGCGUGAGAUAGUGCCUGGCUCGUGGAGAGCGCAGACAGGCCACGCCCCUUAACGUCCCAAGCUAGCCGUAAAUCAGCUAUACGCAAACGCCCAACUUGUGCACCGAACCCCCGUUCAAGUCCCGUGGAUCACCCGAAACGUUAAAAAAAACAUCGGGUGGUUGCACCCGUUUUGAAAAGUUAUGAUGUAUUAUCCCGACGGUUUUUUAUGUCAAGUGCAAUGACGUCAUUCAAAAACACUCUGUGGAUGGCUCGCUCUCUGAUUGGUUUAUCGCACCAUUAGGGGCGGAGCUUGAGCGACGACUUGAAAUUCAAAAUCUGAACAGACUAUACUGGCCAAAGUUAGAGUAGGAGAUCAAACUUCAAAAGUCCUUAUAAAAACUUGCCUAGAAAAAAGAUUUUCCAGUUUGCAAGUACACUGUACAUGAGAGAUGUGUACGGUCAGCGGCGAAUAAUUGCAUCCGAACUUUUUCGAGUCGACAACAAGGUUUUCUGACCCUUAAAAUGAUAUUGUUCUUAUUUCGAUUCAGACAAGCUCUAUCAUCACUGGCAAGACGCGAACACGACGUCGAAGUGCGUGAAAUGUCGCGCCACAGUUGGCGCUUUCCAAGGGAAACGCUGUCGUUGGUGUCACAAUUAUGUAUGUUUGAGAAAAAAAUGAAGAUACUCCGUUUUUUGCGAUUUGAAACUUUUUUUUUUCUCUGCACCCUUCGUCUUUCAGCGACCCUUUUCUUUUUACGUGCUGUUUUCUUGUUCCUCUGACCUCGCCGGUGAGAGAACAGAGACGCAGAAACUCAAAAAGUUUCAAGUUGCGGCGAAAGGACUAUAAGAAACAUGAAUGAAAAUUUCAAACAGGUUUUAAAAAAAUAACUUGCAAACUAAGUAGACGCUUUUUAAAGCCCCCUUAAGUUAACCCUAAAGAAAUCCAAGUAGCCGCUUUAAAAAGUAUUAUUCUUGUGCCUACUGAAAGUCUCAGUAGGCACAGAAAUCGCGUAAAUUUUCAAGUUACACCUUUUUGAACGCUUGUUUUUGAGUUUCAACCGAAUUCCUUCAGGUUCACCACCGCUGUAUGUCUUUUUUGCCACAAGAGUGUGAUUUGGGUACACUGGCCUAUCAUAUUCUUCCGCCGACUCACAUUUUCCCGGCCUUUCUCGAACGAAAAUCCUCGUCGUCUUUUAGAAAUAAUCAUCCGGGCAGUGGGACGAGUUUGUUGCAGGUUAGUCAGAAAAGGAGUGAAUAAAUAUUGAAAAUGAGCUCAUUUGGAAUUAAAAAAUUAAAUUUAAUUUAAAGUCGUACUUAUCGGGCUCCCCUUCACUCAAAGUCUUCCUCUUGAAAUAUUCUGUAUUUUUUUGUUUGAGUGAAAUAAAUAAAUAAAUACAUAAAUACUUUUUCCUAGGCCUUAUCACCCGGUCAAUCUGUCAGGCCUCUUCUGGUCCUCGUCAAUCCGAAAAGUGGCGGAAAACAAGGCAUCAAGAUUCUUCAGAAGUUCGAGUACCUUUUGAACCCUCGACAAGUCUACGACCUCUGCAAAACUGGACCUGAGCCGGGGUGAAUCGAUUUUUCAUUUUAAUCAAGUGAAAUAUCAGCUAUUGUAAAAUCACCCAACUCAUCAUUUUCAUUGGAAAUGUUUUAUGUCAAUAUUUCUUUUUGAGAAAUUUUGUUUCGGAAGGAAAGAGGAGAAGAGCCAUUGCAGGGUUUUUUUCAUGGGAAGAUUCUGCUCCUUCGAGUAGAUCAAAUGAAGUUCUCAAAAAAAGCAUCAGUAGAAAUCAAAUUAUCAGUUUCUGAGUAUUUUUUGGAUUUUUUUUUCCAGCCUUCAACUUUUUGCGAGUUUACCCAAUAGCAACGUGUUGGUUUGUGGAGGCGAUGGAACUAUCGGCUGGGUUUUGGAGUCGAUGGGUUCGUUUCGAAAUAGAUGAACUGGGUAGAAAUUGAACUAUUUUUAAAGAUAAAAUGACAUUCCCACACGGGCGGCCGCCAGUGGCUGUACUUCCAUUAGGAACCGGCAACGACUUGGCGAGGUAGGUCUUUAGAAAUUUGGAGGAAAAUCGUUGAGUUAAGAAGUGAGAUUGUUGUAAAGAUCAUUCUUUUUUGAUUGAAAAAAUUUUAAUUACGGUCUUGAAACGAUUUUAAGAGUAAUGGGCGAAAAAAAGAGUUAUUUAUAGACGUCUCUGUAGUAUUCUCUAUCCCAAAAAUGGGUUGUGGCUUUUCUGAUUUUUCUAUUUUUGGGAGUUUUCAUUUUUCAAAAAGUCUCUUUCAAAGUAUGGCUAGAAAACUGCAAACAAAAUUUUUUACUAGCCCUUUAAAAAAAGUUCGAGACUCUGUUUUUUUUUAAUUGAUUUUCUUGUCGAAAACAUCGACCAAAUGCCGAAGAAAGGGUUUACAUUGUCAUUUGAAAAUUUUCAGCUUAAAAUGCGAAAUUCAGAUGCCUAAGAUGGGGCGGUGGAUAUGAGAACGAAAGUCUGUACAAAAUCCUCCAGCAAAUCGAAAAAGCUACUUUGGUAAAAAAAAAAAACUCAUUAUGUUCCAAAUAAGGAGGUUCAGAUCGAAAUGGACCGGUGGCAGAUCAAAAUCGAGCCUUCGGAGUCGAAAAGUGGACGGAAAAGCGAAAAAGGCGACCCGCCUCCCUAUAACAUCAUCAAUAACUAUUUUUCGAUUGGGGUGGUAGGUUUUCGAAAAAGUCGAUUUUUCCUUGAAUUUCUUGCGUUUUCAUAGAAUAGCUGGUAACCCAAUUAUAAAGUUCAAAAAUUAAUCUAACCAGGACGCUUCGAUUGCUCAUCGUUUCCACGUGAUGCGAGAAAAGUUCCCCGAAAAGUUCAACAGCCGAAUGCGGAACAAACUGUGGUACUUCGAAUUGGGGACCAGCGAGACCUUGUCCAGCUCUUGUAAGAACCUCCACGAGCAGAUUGACAUCUUGGUCAGUUGGAUGGAAAGGGUUGUGAAUUUAAUCACUUUGUGGUGAGAAAAGUCACCAAGUUUUUAUUUUAUUUUUUUAGAAGUUGGACCUCCAACAAGCUCAAGAUUCGUCUUUAUCCUUGUUUUUUCAGUAUCUUUUUUUUUUCCUUGAAAUGGCUUUUGAAAACUGGCUUCCAGAAUAUAAAUGAGAACUCAGAUUAUAGAUCAGUUAAAAAUAAUGGGACUACUCGUUUCCUUUCUAAAAUGUUCGUCCAAAAACUGGCCAUCAAGUACUAAUGCUUGUCUUGCAAUUAUUAUGGUAAACUUUGAAGUGGAGGUAUCAGGAAGUCCAAGCGGAGCCAAAUUUCAACUCAGUCAUAUAGUUUUUUUUGCUUGUACACCUUAUCCGAAUGCAACUGCGGAAAAAACCACAACGCAUGGUUUCUCAAAAAUUAAUGAAUUUUUUCCUUUUUUGAAGACUUCAAGACCCAUCUAAUAACUUUUUGGAGCGUUUUCCAGAUUUUCUUUUCAAAUUUUGGGCGCAUAUUUUCAUUCAGUGAUCUCUGAAGCUUCUAGGUUGUAACCUUUGGGAGUUUUUUUUUCAAAAUUUCAUUCCAAGGUUUUAAAAAUCGUGAUAGUCCGAAAUAUUCACGCUUCAGACUACAACUGUAUAGUGAAAGAAUAUUUGAACAAACGAGAUUCUGUUUGCCCAGACAAGCGUUUUCUGAUCAUCAUUGCUUUCGCGAAAAAAAAUAUCAUUCUUAUAAUAAAUUUAGAACUACAACGACUUACAGAAAAUUUGAAAUCAGUCCAUUUGAAACAUUUUAAUUUUAUUCUUUUUCGAGUUUCCGCCAAAAAUAAGCCUUCAAGGGCCUUGAGGUUGCCCCUAUAGGGACCAUUCUGGAGUCCCUAAGAUUAUCAUUUUUUCAUACAUUCCUGAAAAGACUUUUUGAAAUAAAUUUUUUGAGGAUCAGUUGAGAUUUUCUUUCAGUGCGACGGCGAGUCGAUCGAUCUUGGCCAAGACGCUUCCUUGGAAGGAAUCGCCUUGUUGAAUAUCCAUUCGAUCUACGGCGGCUCGAAUUUGUGGGGCCGGAGUCGGAAAGGAAAACCGAGGAUGCCGACUUUGUUUCAUUCGACGCCUUCUGAAAAAGUUCUAACUCAAUAAUUUGUUAAAUUUUUGGAGAAAAUGACGUUUUAGAGGCUGCAGGCGCAGUUGCAGAAUCGUGUUCAGGACAUUGGCGACGGCCUUAUUGAGGUGCUUUUUUGAGAAAUUUUCAGGUCUUAGAGAAGAAAGAAUUGAUUGAAUGAUUAAAUUUUAAGCAUUUUUGCCCUAGUAAACUCCAUAAUUUUGAGAGAAAAAAGUGGCUACUCAGACGCAAAGAAUUGGCUUCUAUAGAGGUGGUUUUAAUGGCCACUUCGGGGUCCUCUCCAAGUGGUCCUUGAGAAAUCUUUCAAGUUGCCGCUAAAGCUCUUUCCAGUCUUUAUAAACUGGAGAGAGUUAUGCUCAAAACCCUCAAGGGACCUUGAAGAUAUUCAUCUAGAACCGCUUUACCUCCCCCUCUAGGGACCACUCAGGCGUUCCUCAGUAAGUGAGCUUCAGUAAAGCUUAGAAAAUGAUUUUUAGUAGGGUUUAUCAGAACUUGGUUUCGCCCGAGCGCACUUGAUAAGCUCAAAAAGCAAAAAAAUAAAAAAGGUAAAAUCCGAAUAUUCUAGCUUGUCGGCCUGGAAUCGGCAAUCCAAAUGGGUCAAAUCAAAGCGGGUGUCCGGGGCGCCAGGAGGCUUUCCCAAUGUUCGACUGUUGUUAUACAGUUUGUCCUUAUCCUUGUCAUUUUGCGGUAUUACCCAUGUUUAGAACUCAUAAAUCGUUCCCGAUGCAAAUCGACGGCGAACCCUGGAUGCAACCGCCGUGCAUCAUCCAAAUAACCAACAAAAAUCAAGUCAAGAUGCUUGUUGGUGGGUUUUUUAUAUCGAAUAGUAAAAUGGUCUCGGAAUAGUUAAUUUUCCAAAGAAAAAAUUGAGAAAGAAAGAAUGAAGGAAAAGUUUAUUUUCGAGUAUUUCAGCCCCCCGAAAGCGAAGCUCCUGGUCACUACUCAAACGGCAGUCAACUGCGGAAGAUAAUUAAUAUUUGGAAAAUAAAGGGAUAAGAUUCAAAAUCUCAACUUUAUACAAGAUCUCCCAUCAUUUCGACUUAUUGUUUGUAUUGUGAUGAUUGAAAAAUAAAAGAUUUCUAUGGUUUUUUUCAACUCUGCAAAGAAGUUUCAUGAAAGUUCUCAGUGAUCAAGGCCUUUUUCAUAAGGGCUAUAUUUUUUUAAAAUUAUGAAAAAAAGUGUCUUAUUUAUACAUUAAUUUACCAUUGGAGCUUGAUUUGAAACAAAAAAAACAACGAAAUUCGCAUCGGUACCAAAAAUUAGCCUUGGCUUCUCAAGAAAGAUAGUUUUUUUAGCGAGUUUUUUUGAUUUCUUUCUUUUUUUAUCAUCAUUCGAAAUAAAUAAGAUAUAUUGGAAUUUUUUUAUAACUUCUUAAUAUUUCGAUAAAGAGAUGUUUCUACAAGAAUUACAGCCGCUAUUUCCAUUUUUCUGAGUGCGUCGCCAUGGAAACGAAGCCCGUCGUCGUCUUCACCAGGUUUGGCCUUUUUUUCUUUGUUUUCACAAUUUUUUUAUUUUUUUAUUAUUAUUGUCAGAUCAUGAUGACUGGUAUCAUUAUUGAAAUUUGUUAAAAAAAUUGAAUUGAAUUUGCAAGAAAAAAAUGAUUUAAUCGAGGCAAAAUUUCGUUCUUCCUGAGAAAAAUCGUCUUUCAGUGAACCAGUGGAACUCAGAGUUGAAUCACAAUUAAAUUAUAAUCAUUUUUAUUUGGAAGAUUGUUCAAUAAAAUUUAUCUGCAUGAUGUUUUUUUAGAAAAUCGCGAGAAACUGCUAUAUAUAUAUAUUUACGAGUUUCGAAUAAAAAGUUCAAUAUUCUCUGGUAAAUCUUUGUUUUUCUAUAAAUUUUUUUGUUUUUAAGAAGCAUUGUUUUUCUAAUAAACCUUCAAGCAAUUUGCUGUUAUCGAUAAAGUUUCCAAGUUUUAGACAUUUUUUUUGAACUUUUUCUUUAAAAAAUCUCAAAACUAAUGCCGUGUUUAAAGUAAAUUUGCCAAUUUCAAAAUUAUCUCUGAAUAUCCAAAAUAUAGUUAUCUUUUUCACUCUCUGAUCGCUUAGAACUUCUCGAAAUAAUUUUUGAACACGAUAUAAAUUUUUCUACCGAUAUAUUUCCCUAGAAAUGACGGCAAAUGGAAACGGAGACAUGAACCACAUCGAAGAUCCUUCUGAAGACGUCGAGAUUCUUGGUCCGCCUGAACCGAUCGACAUUCCCAGCGAAAAUGAGCAUCAUAGCGGUCCAGAGGUUUUUUUUUUGAAUUUGUGAAAAGUUGCGCAUUAUUUCAUUGAACAUUCUGAAUUCUCCAUAUUUCAGACGCCGAAAGACGUCGCUCCAUCGCCGUUUCCGGACCCGAACUCGACGAGAAUCGAUCUUUUGGACUGCAACGCCAACAAUGGCUUCAUCUACCAACUGUACAUCCAGGGAGAUUUCCUCGAGUGCAAGGCUUUGAUCGGAGUUGGUCCAACUAAUUUGUUUAGUUGACUUGAGACAAAAAUCGGACGUUUUUCGAAAAACAAAAGAUGAUUUUUUUAAGCCAUAUAAAAAUGGAAAAUUAUUUUCCGCCGAUUCAAUAGAGAAGGUCUGAAAAGCGGAAUAAAAAUAUUGAUUUUGACCUUUUCUCAUGUAAUUAGAAGGUUUAGACAGGAAAGAACAGAUUUUCGUAAAAAAAAAACCAGUUAGAGUCAUUUUCAAGUUUCAGGAAAAUCGAAAUUUUGAAGUUUUUGCGGUUUUCUAGUGUAGAGAAGUAUCAGGCGACCAUUAAAUAAAUUUUUUAGUUGCAGGUACAAAAUUUUACGUUCUGUAAAUGCUUAUUUUUUUUUAAUUCUCUAAAAAAUCCCACAAAUCUCAUCAUUUUUGCUUACUAUUUUGCUGAUACUGUCUCAAAUCGACUGUAAAAAAGUUUAAAACAUGAAAAAAAAAAUGCAAAAAAGCGAUUUCAAGGAAACACAAGCGAAAUUCGACGGGAAAUGCGAGUACGCGAUGAACAUCCGCGGAUGCAUUGCGCGAGAAGAAGGCCAACUGAUGGACGCCUUGGAAUGGUUCGAGAAGGCGUUUGCCGCUUCUGGAAGGAAUUAUAAGUAUGCAUUUCGAGGAACCGAAUUUCGUAAAAUAGAACUCGGCUCUGAAAUUCGUCCUGUGGUUUCACAAUUAGCAUAAAUUUAUGAUUCGGGAGAACUUUGAGAAAUAAAUUUUUUUUUCAUAAUUUUUUCUGUUAAACUUUGAGCAGAACUCACAUAGUUCGUUAUCACUUUUAUCAUCUUAUCGACACGAAAUAUUAAACUUACUAAGUUUUUUUCGAAAUCGUUUUUUUGAAAGAUUCUCGGGAAAAUUGUAUUCAUUUAUUGUUAUAGAUGAACCUUUUCUAGAAAAAAAUUCCAUUAAAAGGCGCUAGAAAAUUUUUUUAAAAGCACCCAAAUCUAUUAAACUUUCGUUACAUCGUCUCAAACCCAAAUAAUACACUAGAAACUUCGAAAACAUUGUUGGAAUUUCAUCCUUUCUUCAUUGAACUCGGAAAUCUCAGGUACUACAUAGAGCUUGGCCGAGUAAAUGUGCUCCUUGGAAGACAUGCAGUCGCUGUGGAACAGUUGGAACUGGCGGCCCAGAAUUGUCCCGAAAAUCCGGUAUGAGAGAGAAAAAAUUCAGAUAUUAUGACAUUGACAAAAUGAAAAAAAGGAACACAAGAUUAAAAUUUGACCGAAAUUCAAGCAGUUUUGAGAUAAAAUUCAUUAAAAAUUACACAGGUGAGACGAGAAAAAAUCAUCUUGUAUGAUGACUUGAAUUAAAUUAAGAACAGCAUGAAGAAUUAAAAAAAGUUUUUAUGAAAUUACUGUCAAUUUUUUUUUUCAAAAAUUGAAUGACGUCACUAUUAGAUGACGCUAUGACGUCAUAAGAAAUUUUCCUGAAAUUAAUAGCCUUUAAGAACAUUUUCAUUGCUGUCAAUAUCUCCUUUAAAAAGAUCCAAAAAUCUUUCUUGUAAUGAUUUCUUGUUGAUGACGUCAUUUUUAUUCUAAAAGUUACAGUAGAGAUGUCUGAACUUUACAUUUUGUCCAGUCUUUCGUUAAUUCUUUCCUGAAAUCUUUCUCAUUUUUUCCUCAACCCAGCGAUGAAUCUACUACAAAUUUCCAGAAAGUCUUCUUUUGGUUGGCCAGAGCCCUAUGCGGCCUCGAGAUCAAAUCGAAGGACUUCAACCCCAAAGAAAAGGCCCGAGAUCUUCUCAUGAAGUCUAUCUACUCAAUUCAUCCGAACUUGUCAAUUUUCGAAGCUUAGGAGCCCCUUGAUCGGUACCGAUCCACUGUUGCUGAAGUAUCUGGCAGAAGUUCUGGAAGAAUUGAAUGAUUUUCCCGCUGCCGUUGCCGCUUAUAAGGGCGUUCUGGAGGUGAGAAAUCGGUUUGCGACCACAAUAAGUCCGUAAAGGGCUGAGCUUUUCUGCACUUUCCUCGUCUCUCGGCAACUCUCUUAUUUUGACGGGCUAUUUUUUAUGUAUCUCUGACCUUGCUGGAAGAGAACAAAGAGACGCAGAAACUCGAAAAAAAGUCAAGUCGAGACAAACGGACUAUUUUCCCCAAGUUGUUCAUUUUUUGAAUAGUUUGUUCUAAUUUUUUAUAAUUAUCACUGAUUCAAUAUGGAACAUUCCGUCAAAAUGCGUACAGUUGCAAGAUCUGGGCAUUCAUAGUUUCUUCAUUGAGCGUUUAAGACUUAAAUUUUCCUCAAACUCUUCCCAUUUUCCUGUAGAAGUAACUAUGAGAUGAUUAAAAAAAGGAUAGAUAUAAUAUGCCGGUUGAAGCUUUGAAAAAUCUCAAAAUAAAAUUUAGUCAAUAAAUUAUAUAAUUUUCCCGUUUGGACGAUCAGUAUGGGUAAUUCAAACAUUCAUUUAUUCAGAUAUCAAAAAAAAAAAAAAGGCUUUUUAUGAAUCAUCGUAGCUGAUUAUAAAAAUAUUGUUUUCAUCAUGAAACAAAUUAGAACCGUCCGAACUUUCCAGAUAGUCUUGAAAAUGUCCGGAAAUUCAGCUUCAACCGGAGAACAUCGACGUGAUGGUGAAGUUGGGCCUGUUGCACUUGAGAGCCGGCGACGAAGAUCCGGCUUUCGCCAUCUUGGGACAGUGUUUGGCCUUCGAUCCGACCAAUGCGGAAGUUCGUGUGGUUGAUAUGAUGUAUAGGCUAAGAUUCGUUAAAGAGACUGCUCGCGUUUGAGUUUGUGUAAUCCACAAUUAUUCUCGUUAUCUUUCUGGAUUCACUAUAGCCGAUCCACGGCUGACUCGUGCCUUUCUAAAACGAGAAGGGAAAUGAAUCUCCUACUGAGUAAAGUUGCAAAUUUCAAUUUUGCAGGCGAUUCUGGCCCUCGGAUCAAUAAUGCAAGUCCAUGGAGAUCAUGACGUCGCUCUCAACAAAUACAGGUCUCGAUUUGUUGAAAAAUACCUGGAUAGGAAGUUUGAAAUAGUCUUCGUUUGUUUGAGAGUCUCCGAUACGUUAUCCAAUUCGAAUUGAUUUUUUUUUUGUUUAAACGAACUUUGAAAGAUUGGAAAAACGGGAAGUUAACGUAUACUAAUCUUUUUUUGGCGAGCAUCGCUGAUCCCGGUCAAAGAUCUGCUUUAGGCGAUUCCAGGUGGGAAUACUCAAGAAAAGGAGAAUUUUGUGCUAAGAAGUUGGAAAUUUCUUGAAAACUGGCCGGAACAGUCAUUUAUGUACCAUAAAAAGAUCCUGAAAGUUUCAACCUGUUAAAAUUCAUAUAUAUAUUUUUUUUAUUGGGAGCUUAAAAUCUCAAAAUAGCCUUGUCAAAGGGAUUUUUCAGUUAAAUAUUGGAAAAUUCUGUUUGGCUUCCUCGGAAGGCCAGAACCUUUCCUACAAGCGGACUUCCAGAUAGUUUCCUAAGGCCUUCUACUCAGAAAAAAGUUGCCAGAAGCAUUCCAGCAGGCUUCUGGAACCUUCCAAUCACCUUCCAACUCCCUUUUCAAGACCUUCUAGCUUUCAUUCGCCUUCCAACCUCCUGCUGGUUACCUCCUUGAAAUUACCCAGGAAUCGCCUGACUAGGGAACUACUCGGACUCGGGUUUCGAGUUGAAACUUUAGUGGUUUAUAGACCCAAGUUAGAGAACUUGAAAACAAGAGAGAAUAUCUGCAAAAUGUUCAUUUUCAAAAAGCUUUUUUUCAGAAGCCUUUGGGGUUUAGCAGAUAUUCUCUCUUGUUUCCAAGUACUCUUACCCUGGUCUAUGAGCCACCAAAGUUUCAACUCGAAACGCGUACCCGAGCCCGAGUAGUUCCCUAGUGAGGUCGGAGAUUUUCUCAGACUUUGAGGUGUUCUUUCUCAAAAACUAGGAACUUUCGCAGGUUGAGACUUUCAGAAGUUCCAUCCGGAACACCAAGAAAUCUUCUGGUCAGUUUCCGGAUAACUCCCAAGGUGAAAUGAUUUGAGGUUACCGAGAGAGAGCCGGUUAAAAAUGUAGGGGAAACACCUGGAAAUGGCUUUUCUUAACAAAUUCAGUUAUUUAAUACUCAUACCUGGGAUCACCAGCAACAAGAGGUGCGAUUUCCACCUCAAAAACUUCCAUCUCCAGAAGAAAAGGAUGAACUUCAGAGUGGCCGCCUCGGUUUGCGACUACAACGGCUGUUUGUGGAACAAUAUCGGAGUUGGGAUGCUGGCUCGGGACAAAUUGGCGGCGGCGCAUUCUUCCCUCAAAAAAGCCGCCUAUAUCAUGCCGCUGGACUAUAAGUUUGUGAUUGGCGAUUUCAGAAACCCUUGAAAUUGAAUUUUGGUAUCGGAAGGCAGAGAUUUUAAAAAAUUUCGCUAAAAAAAAAUCACAAAUCAAUCGUGAAAAACUCGAGUGGCCACUUAAGAGGAUUCUUUAGGAAGACUUAGGGAAGAGACUAAAGUGGUCACUAACUUUGCUACUCUAGUGGUCAAUGUAACGUUGAGAUCCUAAAAAGCUUUGUAAAAAAUUUUCCCAGAAUCUCUAAAGAAAAAAAAUUUCAUUUGAGUAAUCACUUAGCUUUGCGUAGUGGUCACUUUAGAAACUACUUCCGCGAUUGGAGCUUUCCGUCUAAUUCUCUCGAUUUUUCACACUGUUUCGCUUGUCUUUGUAGAGCCAUUUUAUUGAAAAGUUGACUGAUCCUCUUUUUCUGACAAAUUGGAAUAUGAAUAUGGAAAAAAUUCUCAUGAUUUGUUUUUUCAGAAUCAACUUCAACUUGGGCGUUCUCCACGAGUCGAUGGGAUUGAACUGCUCGGCUCUGUUUUUUCUCAAAAAAGCGGCCGAUUUGAAAAGAGACGAUCCGAAACUGAUCGGAGCGAUGGCUGGUGAGAUUUGA